UUGUCCCAGCGAUCAGCAGAGCGGCGUGCGGGUACGUCAUCAGCGCAAGACCUCAAGGAGCUCUCGGUAACUACGACUACGAGGAAUCCACUCGCUAUGGCAGACGAGACUGUGGUUGCUGAUCAAGAAAGACUCCUGAAGAGGGUGCAGGACCUGGAAGAGGAAGUGAAGAGACUGCAGGAGAAACUCUUAGAGGGCAAGGAAGGUCCUAGCGUAAGAGAUGCUCCUUCGGCGGCUGGGAAAGCCAGGAAACGCCAGCAACGGCCAUUUGAUUUUAGCGCCUACGGCCGCAGGCACGUGGCACUGAAGAUCGCCUACCUGGGCUGGGGAUACCAAGGUUUUGCCAGCCAGGAGAACACCAGCAACACUAUUGAAGAGAAACUGUUUGAAGCGUUAAAGAAGACGCGGCUGGUAGAUGACAGACAGACCUCCAACUAUCAUCGCUGUGGGCGGACGGACAAAGGAGUCAGUGCCUUUGGACAGGUGAUUUCCCUAGAUCUCCGCUCAAACCUGUCAGAGGGCAAGAAACUAAAUGGUCACCAGGGUGACUUGGAAGGCAAAGGCAGUAACUGUGAGGAUGAGCUCCGCUACACCCAUAUUCUAAACAGGGUGCUCCCACCUGACAUACGUGUGUUAGCCUGGGCCCCUGUAGAGCCUGACUUCAGCGCUAGAUUCAGCUGUCUCAAGAGGACCUAUCGCUACUUCUUCCCUUGUGCAGAUCUGGAUGUGGCCCUCAUGCAUGCUGCCGCUCAGAGAUACGUGGGGACCCACGAUUUCCGUAACUUGUGCAAAAUGGACGUAGCCAAUGGCGUAAUCAACUUCCAAAGAACUAUUCUUAGCGCACAAGUGACGUGGGUGGAUAGGGGAGCAGAAACUGGGCUGCAGGACCCUUUCCGACUGUGCCAGUUUGAAGUGACAGGACUGGCGUUCCUGUAUCACCAAGUCCGCUGUAUGAUGGCAAUCCUCUUCCUCAUUGGACAGAGGAUGGAGAACCCAGAAAUUAUCGAUGAGCUUCUGGAUGUAGCGAAGAACCCCCGAAAACCACAGUACAGCAUGGCAGUAGAGUUUCCCCUGGUUCUGUAUGACUGUGAGUUUGAGAACAUUCAGUGGCUCUAUGACCGAGAAGUGCAGGAGUUCAAUGUUACGCACCUACAGCAGCUUUGGGCCAACCACGCGGUCAAAACUCAAGUGUUACGUGACAUGUUACGAGGCCUAGAUGCUGCUCCUGUGGCUACUGAAAAAGUUACAGGCCCAGGAAACCUCAGUACUGUCCUCUGGGGAGAUAUGAAACCUCCAGUCCAUAAUCAGGUCAGCAGCUUUGUUGAAGGAGUCAAAGCUCGCACUUACAAGCCUUUACUGGACCGCCCCAAGUGCGAGGGCUUGGAGUCCCGCAUCCAUCACUUUGUGCAGAGGGGACGCAUCGAAAUGCCACAGGGCAGGUAAAGAGAGACCGGAGCGGACCCAGAGCCUAAGAGAAGCCACGGCGAUGCCACAGAGAACGGCGAUAGCACUGAGCAAGCUCCCAAGCGGGUCUGCGUAGACACCGAGUGAUGACAGCAGGUUUC